AUGCAUCGCCAUGGCAGCUGCCCGGGUGUGGGAGGGCAGCCAGCCGAGGCUUACACUCCUCCAGGACAGGGCAACGUGCUGGGCAGCGACAUCAAGCACGAGGCGGCCCCGUCCAGCCCCGCCUGCUCCCCGCCGCCGGGCUUAGGCUGGAGGGGUCAGGACGCCAACCUCCCUUUGUCCAUCUCCAGCAACUUCGGGCAGGUGGCCUGA